CUUUUACCGACAGAUCCCCCAAAGAAGCCAGACCCAGUCACUUCAGAAACAGUUGUAUUCUGGGGACUGCGGUUAUGGCAGGUCAUUGGCAUCUUCUCUAUGUUUAUUCUAGCAGUCAGUAAGUAUUUCUCCAAACCUGUCAUAAUAGUAUAUCUGCCAGAUAUUAAAGACUAUUUAUUAAAUAAAUAUUUACAUAAAUGCACAAAUACCUAUCAAUUUCACAUCAAUCCUCCAUCUUCCAAUUCUAUUUAUAUAAAUCACAUUAGUAAAAUGAAUGUAUAAGUCAUUCAGUCAAGGCACAAUGCUUCAGCUCAGCUAUUUGUCUGCAUAGUCCAACUAAUUUGCAUACUGAACAGAUAGAUCACAUGAUAUAUGGAAAUGCAUAUCAUUUGCUGAAUUGUCAUGGUUAUUGUGAGGGAGGGCUCCAAAUGGUCAUGGUAUCAUCUGUUUAUGUUUGCUUUAUCGACCACAUGAUGCAUGGUUCAAUAAGGGGAGGAGGAGGACAACACUGCACAAGACAAAAAUUGCAUUCUAUUUGAGUCAUAAUUCAUUAGGCUUCUAAACAGUAAUAACUAAACCAUGUUAUGAAAUAGACCGAAUCAACAAAAAGGAAAGUAGUCUGAUAAUAGCUGAUGUUGAAGUGUCACUUUACAGUAAUAUACAGUGAGCUCCAAAAGUAUUGGGAGAGUGACAAUUCUAUUUUUUUUUUUGGCUCUGUACGCCAGCACUUUGGAUUUGAAAUGAUAGUCCUAAAUGAAUCAUGAAUAAUGACGAGUGAGAAAGUUAUACACACAAAUAUCAUACCCUGAAGACAUGCUAACCUCUCACCAUUACAGUUACAGGGGAGGUUAGCAUUCUUUGUGGGGGUCAUGAUAUUUGUGCGUCUGUAACUUUCUCACUCAUCAUUAUUCACGAUUCAUUCAGGAUUAUCCAUAAUAAUGGUAGCAUCCACAUUAAUGUAGAAGUGUUUAGAAACAUAUUCUAUUCUUAUUUACAAUAAAAGUGACUCCAAAAUGACACAAUACAUUAUUUACCAUACAUUUGUAAAUGACACUAUUGGGCACAAAAUAAUCUGAAACACAACCAAAACAAACAGCAAAUGCAUCCACCAAAUGUGUAGAGUCACAAGCUUGAUGUAGUCAUUGCGUGCUAAGAAUUUGGGACCAAAUACUUUUGACUACUUUAAUACACAUAAGUGAAUUUGUCCCAAUACUUUUGGUCAAGGGACUAAAUACAUGAAGUGCUGUAAUUUCUAAACGGUUCACCCGAUAUGGAUGAACAUACCCCAAAAUUAAAGCUGACAGUCUGCACUUUAACCUCAUAGUCAUUGUAUCAUUUAAAAUCCAAAGUGCUGGAGUACAGAGUAAAAGCAACAACAUAAAAACUGUCCCAAUACUUUUGUAGCUCAUUGUAAAUGGUAAUAGCUGUAAAACUGUAAUGUGACACCGUUGAGUAGUGUCUAGUUCAAUACAUAUUCAGAUGUACUUCAGAUGCAGUGAGGGAAAAAAGUAUUUGAUCCCCUGCUGAUUUUGUAUGUUUGCCCACUGAUAAAGAAAUGAUCAGUCUAUAAUUUUAAUUGUAGGUUAAUUUGAACAGUGAGAGACAGAAUAACAACAAAAGAAAACAGAAAAACGCAUGUCAAAAAUGUUAUAAAUUGAUUUGCAUUUUAAUGAGGGAAAUAAAGUAUUUGACCCCCUCUCAAUCAGAAAGAUUUCUGGCUCCCAGGUGUCUUUUAUACAGGUAACGAGCUGAGAUUAGGAGCACACUCUUAAGGGAGUGCUCCUAAUCUCAGUUUGUUACCUGUAUAAAAGACACCUGUCCACAGAAGCAAUCAAUCAAUCAGAUUCCAAACUCUCCACCAUGGCCAAGACCAAAGAGCUCUCCAAGGAUGUCAAGGACAAGAUUGUAGACCUACACAAGGCUGGAAUGGGCUACAAGACCAUCGCCAAGCAGCUUGGUGAGAAGGUGACAACAGUUGGUGCGAUUAUUCGCAAAUGGAAGAAACACAAAAUAACUGUCAAUCUCCCUCGGCCUGGGGCUCCUAUGACCCCAAGAACACCAUCCCCAUCGUCAAACAUGGAGGUCGAAACAUUAUGCUUUGGGGGUAUUUUUCUGCUAAGGGGACAGGACAACUUCGCCGCAUCAAAGGGACGAUGGACGGGGCCAUGUACCGUCAAAUCUUGGGUGAGAACCUCCUUCCUUCAGCCAGGGCAUUGAAAAUGGGUCGUGGAUGGGUAUUCCAGCAUGACAAUGACCCAAAACACACGGCCAAGGCAACAAAGGAGUGGCUCAAGAAGAAGCACAUUAAGGUCCUGGAGUGGCCUAGCCAGUCUCCAGACCUUAAUCCCAUAGAAAAUCUGUGGAGGGAGCUGAAGGUUCGAGUUGCCAAACGUCAGCCUCGAAACCUUAAUGACUUGGAGAAGAUCUGCAAAGAGGAAUGGGACAAAAUCCCUCCUGAGAUGUGUGCAAACCUGGUGGCCAACUACAAGAAACGUCUGACCUCUGUGAUUGCCAACAAGGGUUUUGCCACCAAGUACUAAGUCAUGUUUUGCAGAGGGGUCAAAUACUUAUUUCCCUCAUUAAAGUGCAAAUCAAUUGAUAACAUUUUUGACAUGCGUUUUUCUGGAUUUUUUUGUUGUUAUUCUGCCUCUCACUGUUCAAAUAAACCUACCAUUAAAAUGAUAGACGGAUCAUGUCUUUGUCAGUGGGCAAACGUACAAAAUCAGCAGGGGAUCAAAUACUUUUUUCCCUCACUGUACAAGUAAAUAAUAUUCCACAUGGGAAAUAUAUUUUUAUCUUUUAUCUCUCUCUUUCUCGCCCACCUUCUCCAUUUGCAAGUCAUCACCCUAUGCUGCAUCUUCAAAUGCCGUAUCCCCAGGACGAAGAAGGAGAUUGAGGCGCGACAUGCUCAGAGAGUAGCAGCUAAGGACUACGCCAACACACUGGAGACUGUGCCUCCUCUCAACGAGCUCACAGAGAUCCCAGGAGGUAAGUGAUGCACUUCUCAGAUCCUCUCUACCUCAACAACAGUAUGAUGCACAUUUAGGACAUCCCUACUCCCUAUGACAAAAGUCCCAAGGAGGUAGGUGCGGUGUACAUUUUAGGACAUCCCUACUCCCUAUGACAAAAGUCCCAAGGAGGUAGGUGUGGUGUUCAUUUUAGGACAUCCCUACUCCCUAUGACAGAAGUGCCUACUCUUGACUUCCUAUGAACUUUAGCACUUUACAAAUAGAAUAAAGUCUCACACUCAUCUCUCCUUGGUGACAUAAAUCCACAGCAAGGCUAGAUUAAAGUGAGACUUUAUUUUUAAUUUGUAACUUUUACCUUCCAUUUGUAAGCACCUCAACUAGAGGUGUGUGCACCUUUUAUUUACUUACUCUACUCUAAGAACUACCCUGUUUUUAAUUUUCAGAGAGCUUUUCAAAGGAGAGUAGACAGGGAACUGCUAGGCCUUUUGAUAAAGUAGGAGAUCAAUAGCGCCUUGACAUGGUUUUAAAACGACUGGGCUCCUGACAGCUUUUGUAUUAAUUAGUUUGAUGUUUCUCUCAAAUUUCAUUGCAUUAUGCUAAUGAUCAUCACUUUCUAACCAUGCAGAGCUAAGAUAUGUUUUUCUCUUAUUUCCGUCGGACAACAAGCAGAGAAAUCACAGAUCUCUGUCUGACACUAUGGAUGCAAACCGUCUUUUGACUUAGUUUAAUGUGACAUAUUUUCCCUGUCUUAUCUGAUUGAAGAUGUACAUUGAGUCAACAUACUCAGAUAAAUAGUCUUCGCCUCACAGGGAGAUACAAACACACUCUGGCUGAAUGAAUACAGUAAUAUACACUGAGGGUACAAAACAUUAGGAACACCUGCUCUUUCCAUGAAAUAGACUGACCAGAUGAAUCCAGGUGAAAGCUAUGAUCACGCUCAACAGUUUCCCGUGUGUAUCAAGGAUGGUCCACCACCCAAAGGACAUCCAGCCAACUUGACACAACAGUGGGAAGCAUUGGAGUCAAAAUGGGCCAGCAUCCCUGUGGAACGCUUUCGACACCUUGUAGAGUCCAUGCCCGGCCGAAUUGAGGCUGUUCUGAGGGCGCAACUCAAUACUAAGAAGGUGUUCCUAAUGUUUUGUGCACAAAUAAUAUAUGCCAUUUAACAGACACUUUUAUCGAAGCGACUUAGUAAUAAUAUGCCAUUUAGCAGACGCUUUUAUCCAAAGCCACUUACAGUCAUGCGUGCAUACAUUUUUUUGUGUAUGGGUGGUCCCGGGGAUCGAACCCACUACCUUGGCGUUACAAGCGCUGUGCUCUACCAGCUGAGCUACAGAGGACCACAGGAAUAUAGGAUAUCUAAACUGCCAUUGGCUUUACAGUACAGUUUAAUUAUAGGGCCUCUAUGUCAAUGUCUGUCUCUUCCUUUGCAACGGCUCUAACUUUCAUGCCUUCUCUUUGGUUUCUUCCUCCCUCAAGCGUUCCCUUCCCCUUUACCUGUACCUUCCUCUCAAAACCCUGUCUUUCAUCCUCUCUUCCUUGUGUUCUUCCCUUUCCUUCCUCUUCUUCCUCCUCACUUUCCCCCCUCUCUUCAUCCUCCCUAUUUUCCUCCCCCUCUCUCUCCUCCCUGUCCUCUUUCUCUUUCUACUCUCUAUCCUCCCUCUCUUCCUCCUCCUCCUCCUCCCUCUCUUCCUCUUCAUUCUGUCCCUCCAGCCCUCCCGGACACUGCGUCCCUCCCGACGGUCUCUGAGCAGGUCCAGGCUCGCAGCGCCAGCAGCAGCCAGCUCCCAGUGGUGAGAGAAGAGGAGGAGCUCACUGUCCCCCUCACUCAGCCCGAGAUGGGAUGA